AUGGCUCCCGUCAAGAAGGACAAGUACUCGGUCAUCCUGCCGACCUUCAACGAGCGUCAGAACCUGCCCAUCAUCACCUGGCUGCUGAACAGGACCUUUACCGAGAAAAGACGUGUUGCUGACCCCUCGGUUCCGCGCAGCAAUAUCGACUGGGAACUUAUCAUCGUCGACGACGGCUCCCCCGACGGCACGCAGGAGGUCGCCAAGCAGCUCGUCAAGGUCUACAGCCCGCACGUCGUCCUGCAGACCCGGACGGGCAAGCUCGGCCUCGGCACCGCCUAUGUCCACGGCCUGCAGUUCGCCAAGGGCAACUUUAUCAUCAUCAUGGACGCCAAACUUCUCUCUACAACAGCCGACUUCUCCCACCACCCCAAGUUCAUCCCGCAGAUGAUCGCCAAGCAAAAGUCGGCCGACUACGACAUCGUGACCGGCACGCGCUACGCCCCCGGCGGCGGCGUCUACGGCUGGGACCUCAAGCGCCGCAUGACCUCCAAGGGCGCCAACAUCUUCGCCGACACGGUCCUGCGGCCCGGCGUCAGCGACCUGACGGGCUCCUUCCGGCUCUACAAGCGCGCCGUCCUCGAGAAGCUCUUCGAGAGCACCGACGUCCGCGGCUUCUCCAUGCAGAUGGCCCUGGCCGUCACGGCCAAGGCCCUCGGCUACACCAUCGCCGAGGUGCCCAUCAGCUUCGUCGACCGGGUGUUUGGCGACUCCAAGCUCGGCGGCGAGGAGGUUGUAGAAUAUGCCAAGGGCGUGUUCCAGCUCUGGGCGAGGACUUGA